AUGCACCAUGCGCUGGUUUUGUCCAUCAUAACCAGCAGCGCCAUCACCGCCACCAGCGUCAAAAACACCGCCGCCGUCGUUGUCACCACCACCAUCACCCUCGCAAUCAUCACAGUAAUAGGAGGAGCUAUCAACGCGUGCGCGCGCAUGGGGCGCUGGGAGCACGCGUGCCAGUUGCUUUCGGACAUGCUCCACACCACGCUCUGGCCGAAUCAGAUCAUCUACAGUUCCGCAGUGACGUCCUGUGAAAGGGCGGCGAAGUGGCAAGAAGCUCUUCAGCUACUGCAUCACAUGCACCACACCGAGGUGCUGCCUGAUGCUAUCACACUGAAUGCAGCUAUUAGUGCCUGCGCCAAGUCCGGACAGUGGGAGGCGGCUCUGGAAGUCUACUCGGUCCUUCUUGGCUUUGCCUCUCCUGACAAGUUCACCUUCAGCGCGACCAUCAGUGCCUGCGAGAAGGGGGAGCAGUGGGCUGUGGCCCUUCGUCUCCUGCAGGAGGAGAUGGCCAAGUUCCUGGUGACUCCGAAUCAGACCAUUCUCGGGGCUGCGAUCGCGGCCCUCGGCCGAGGGGAGCAGACCCAGGACGCACUGCAGCUGCUCGAGGAGAGCAUCGGGGCAAACAUGCAGCCAAGUCAGAUCAGCUACAACUCUGCAAUCACCGCCUGCCAGCGAAGAGGACACUGGCAAAGGUCACUCCAUCUGCUCGCAGCAAUGCCAUCGCUAGGGCUGCUGCCAGAUCUGAUCUCCUACAACGCUUCCAUGAGCGCCUGUGAGCGAGGAGGGCAAUGGCAGAUGGCUUUGCAGCUGUUUGCAGAUGUCUGGAGCUUUGUACAGGCCCCGGAUGUUAUCAGCUUUAAUGCUGCAAUCAGCUCCUGUGAGAAAGUCGGACACUGGCAAAUGGCACUUUGCCUUUUUGCCGAUUUGCCUGCUGCCAAGCUGUGUCCUGAUGAAGUGACCUUCGGAGCUGCUGUGAGUGCCUGUGAAAAAGCCAGUGAGUGGAGCAUGGCGCUACAUCUUCUGGCGAUGAUGAGGUCAGAGACAAACACGAACCUGAAUCUGACAAGCUUUGGUGCUGCUAUCAGUGCUUGCGAGCGUGAUGGGCACUGGCAGGCUGUGUUGCAAUUGCUGGCCGACAUGAAAGAAGUUCAGCUGCUUCCGAACGAGCUGUGCUUCAGUGCGGCCAUAGCUACCUGCAAGAGAGGCCUUCAAUGGCAGCUCGCGCUACACCUUUUAUCAACGAUGCAGUCUCCGAACGUGAUCGGCUGUAGUGCCGCUAUCGAGGCUUGUGAGGCUGCUUGGCAGAGCCGACUACUUGUGCAGCUGUUGGGCGGCAUCCAGGCAUCUCUUUCUUUUCCGUUCAUCCCAACCAACCAGCCGGACUUUCGGGUAUGA